AUGUCUGAAGAAAAUCUAAAGCCCAGGAAACUUUCUGGAAUGUCCAGUCCACAGCCCAUGGUAAUGAAUGGUAAUUUGGCUCAACAAUGGAAAAAAUGGGUGCAGUCAUUUAAAUUUUAUUUGCGUGCGUCCGGCAUGGAUGAAGAAAGUGAUGGCAGAAAGGUAGCUUUAUUUUUACAUGUUAUUGGUGAAAAAGGUGUGGACGUAUUUAAUACGUUUGGGAAAGACGAAGACAAUAUUAAAUAUGACGAGCUUUUACAGUUAUUUCAAAAUCACUUCGCCCCAAAAGCUAACCUCACUUAUGAAUGCCAUAAUUUUUUCACAUACAAACAGGGUGAAAAUGAAACUUUAGACGACUUUACUUGCAAAUUAAAAUUAUUGUCACAAAACUGUGAGCUGGGACAUCUGCAGGAACGCUUAAUAAAAAUAAUGUUCAUAUGUAACAUGCAUCAAAAAUAUAACUAUAUUAGAGAAAAAUUAUUGCUUGAAGAUAAGCUGGAUCUUGAUAAGGCCUUAGAGAUGGCAAAGGCCAUGCUUGCUUCCAGACAUCAAACGGAUGAAUUGACAGCAGAACAAAGCUCAGUCUUAUAUAAUACAUGUCAGUCGAGCUCGAGGUCUAAGUCUAACUCAAGGAAUAUAAAUUGUAUUAUUGAUACAGGCAGUGAUGUCAACAUUAUGUCCAAAAGUGUUUAUGAUUCACUUAAUACUAAAAACUUAUUGUCUAAAACAGAUGUAAAAAUUAAGUCAUACACUGGUAAUAGUCUAGAGGUAUUAGGUCAACAAAACUUAGAGUUCGAUGCUCCCAGGAAGGUACCAUUCUCAUUACACCAUAGACUUCAACAAGAACUUGAGAAAAUGGAAAAAUUAGAUGUCAUCACCAAGGUUACCGAGCCAACUGAAUGGGCGAUUAAGAGGACUCAUUAUCCUAUUCUAUCAGUAGACAUGGUUCGCGCCAAGGUAGCGGGUUCAAGAUUUUACUCAACUUUGGAUGCAAGUAGUGGAUUUUGGAUGUGUAAAUUAAGCGAGAAGAGUUCUUACCUCACAACUUUUAAUACGCCUUUUGGCCGAUACCGCUUUAAACGUCUUCCAUACGGAGUCAACUGUGCACCUGAAUAUUUUCACAGAAUUAUGACCGAAAUGUUUGGUGAUAUACCAGGGGUGGCAGUUUACAGCGAUGAUAUUUUAGUAAGUGGUCGCACACUACAAGAGCAUAACGAGCGUCUUAAUAUAGUAUUUAAAAGAGCAAAAGACAACAAUGUCAAAUUUAAUAAAGAAAAAUGUACAUUUGCCAUGGAGAGUAUUAAAUAUCUAGGUCAUAUUUUUUCAGCAAGCGGAAUCACAGUUGAUUCCGACAAAGUCAGAGCAAUUAAAGAGAUGCCCUCUCCUACAUGUCUGAAGGAUUUGCAAAGAUUUCUAGGUAUGCUCAAUUAUUUAAGUCCUUUCAUCAAAAAUAUGGCAGGCGAGACAGAAAUUUUACGCCAACUAUUAAAAAAAUCUUCUGAUUGGCAGUGGACUACCAAUCAUGAAACAACAUUUUGUCGUCUGAAGCAAAUAAUAUGUCAAGUUCCAGUAUUGUCACAUUUUAAUAUUCAUGAUCCGAUUGUCCUGCAGAGUGAUGCUAGUCAGAGUGCUGUUGGAGCAGUAUUGUUACAAAAUCAACAUCCAGUAUAUUAUGCGUCAAAAACUUUAACAGAUACACAACAAAAAAUGGCUCAGAUAGAGAAAGAACUCUAUUCAAUAGUCUUUGCCUGCAUCAAAUUUCAUCAAUUUAUAUAUGGACAAACUGUAACUGUCGAGACAGAUCAUGCUCCUUUAAUAACAUUAUUUAAAAAGUCUCUAGUCAAGGUUCCAACACGUCUCCAAAGAAUGAUGUUGAAAAUACAGCCCUAUAGUUUAAAUGUAGUUUACAAGAAAGGUAGUGAUAUGUACAUUGCUGAUACCUUGUCAAGAGCAGCACUCUCUGAAACAAGUUCAGAUGAAUUAGAUAAUGAUGUCAUUGUUCAUGUAAAUUUACUGAUUAAGUCGUUACCAAUCUCAUCAGAACGUCUACAGUGGUUAAUCAGAGGCACUAAUGAAGAUGAAAGUCUGCAAGUUUUGAAAAAAUAUUGCAAAGAAGGAUGGCCGGCAAAUAAAACUCAAAUUCACAAAGAUCUACAUGAGUAUUGGCAGUAUAGAUUUGAUUUACACACAAAAAAGGAUUUAAUUUUUAGAAGCAACAGUAUAGUCAUACCUAAAAAAUUAAGGCCAGAAAUUUUGAAAAUAAUACACAGUGGGCACUUGGGAAUUGAAAGGUCAAAAGCGUUUGCUAGAGGACAUGUAUUUUGGCCAUUUAUGUCAACUGAUAUCAAAAAUAUUGUUCAGUCGUGUCAUAUUUGCCUGUCACAUAGAAGUUCAAAUGCUCCAGAACCACUUCUUCCACAUGAGGUUCCAUUACUUCCGUGGGAAAAAGUUGGUGUUGAUUUUAUGGAUUAUAAAUCUAAAAAAUAUAUAGUAGUACAAGAUUAUUACUCAAAUUAUAUUGAAUUAAUGUCAAUGGCGAGUACUAACGCUAAGACAGCAAUUGUUUGUCUAAAAAGUAUUUUCAGUAGACAUGGAAUCCCAGUUGAGUUAUUCUCGGACAACGGACCACCAUUCAAUUCGGCAGAGUUUAAGAAUUUUACUGUUGAAUGGGGAAUACAUCACAACACGUCAAGUCCCUACAUGCCAAGGUCAAAUGGAUUGAAAUACACCAAGAGGAAAUCUACCAUCUCCAGCACAAUUGCUAAUGUCACGGUCACUUAG